CUCAGUAGUUGUGAGGGAAAUCAGGAAGGUGGCACUGUGGGGGAAAAGGGGGGCUCCAUACUCUACAAUGGGGAGCUAUGUAUAAAAUGUGCAUUCGCUGAACAGUUUAUGGGAAAGUCGAAUAGCAGGAGACUUUCUAAAACUACGACGAGGCAAUAUAACACCAGCUGAUUUGCUCAACCUUACUUAAAAAAAUAUUUUUCUCCUCCACGCUAUUUGCUUGUUUCCGUAUCGAGCUGCAACGUCAUAAUCGGACUUCGUACUGGAUGUUUUUCUAGCUUUCGGCAAAGGAAAGGCGUGCAGCGGACAAUAUUUUCAUUUCGAAUCGGCUGUGUCUGAUUAGGCGACGCCGAAAGUAUGGAAAUCACAUUCGCAGGAAAGAGGGCCGUGGUAACUGGAGCAGGGAAGGGGAUAGGCAGGGCCACUGCACUGGCACUGGCGUGGAGCGGGGCAGAGGUCACCGCUAUCACACGCACCCAGGCUGACCUGGACAGCCUCCUCAUUGAGUGUGCCUACAUUCGAGCGGUGUGUGUGGAUCUGGGGGACUGGGAGGCCACUGAGGCCGCACUAAAGGACCUGGGCCCAGUGGACCUGCUGGUCAACAAUGCCGCCUGCGCUCCACUGGCACCCUUUCUGGAAGUCACCCCUGACCAGUUUGACAAAGCUUUCAGUGUGAAUGUGAAAGGAGCCCUGCAUGUCGCUCAGAUUGUGGCUCGGGGAAUGAAGAGCAGGGGUACCGGAGGCUCCAUUGUUAACAUCUCCAGCCAGGGAUCGCAGCGAGCACUGAAAGACCACACCGUUUACUGUGCCACAAAAGCUGCCCUUGACAUGCUGACUAAAGUCAUGGCUUUGGAACUUGGCCCAUAUCAGAUUAGAGUGAAUGCUGUCAAUCCCACAGUGGUGAUGACUGACAUGAGCAUUGCGAACUGGUGUGACCCUGAGAAGGUCCGAACCAUGAAAUCACGCAUUCCAAUGGGAAAAUUUGCAGAAGUGGAAGACGUGGUGAACUCCGUCCUGUUCCUCCUGAGUGAGAAGUCUGCCAUGGCCAAUGGAGUCACUCUGCCUGUGGAUGGGGGGUUUCUAGCCUGCUAGCCUGUGCUAAACCAGUAAUGCCCAGCGCUGCUUCUACCAUAGCACACCAUGCUGGCUCAGUAUAACUUUAUUCAUAUUUCACAAGUCUAAUAAAAUCAACUUUCAGAGGA